AUGCAUGGGAUUCAUUAUCCAGAGGAAAAGUUUAAGAAUAACGUGGAUGAAUUUGGUGUUAAUGAAUUUGUGAAUCCAAAAGAUCACAGCAAGCCUGUUCAAGAGGUGAUUGUUGAGAUGACAGAUGGUGGGGUGGACCGGAGCGUGGAGUGCACUGGAAACAUCAAUGCAAUGAUCUCCGCAUUCGAAUGUGUUCAUGAUGGUUGGGGUGUUGCUGUUCUUGUGGGGGUGCCAAACAAAGAUGAUGGAUUCAAGACUCACCCCGUGAAUCUGCUGAACGAGAGGACUUUGAAAGGCACCUUCUUUGGCAACUACAAACCCAGAUCAGACCUCCCAGCUGUGGUGGAGAAAUACAUGAAAAAGGAGCUGGAGUUGGAGAAGUUCAUCACCCACCAAGUGAGCUUCUUGGAAAUCAACAAAGCCUUUGAUCUGAUGCUGAAAGGGGAAAGCUUGAGGUGCAUUAUCAAAAUGGAACACUGAUUCUUCAUCAUCAUCAUUAGCUCUUCUGUGAAGAAGAUGGCUGGCAGAGUGUAUCCCUACAAGUAUGAGAGAGAGUUAUAGAUGGUAGCUAGGAGUAAUAAGCAUAAG